GAGCACUAUUGGGCUACGGUGGGCCCUGUGCGCCGCCUCGUUUGUACGGUAGCCGAAGAGGGUCAAAGCUUAGCGCGAAGCAGCCUGCCCGCCUUUCCCGUGGUGUGGCCUCCUCCUCCGUCGCCUGUUUGGCCAUGGCUCAGAGCGCGCCGCCGCCCUUCGACCCCAACAACCCGCCCUUGAUCGAGGGCUUCACGCCAACCUCCUACCACCCGGAGGAGGGGUUCGGGGAGAAGUUCCGGCGCAAGAUCCGCGAGAACCCGCUCGUGCCCAUAGGAUGCCUUGGCACAGCAGGGGUUUUGACCUAUGGACUCAUCUGCUUCAAGAAAGGAAAUACCCAGCAAUCCCAGAGGAUGAUGCGGGCACGUGUUCUAGCCCAGGGCUUCACUAUCGCAGCCAUAUUGGUGGGUGUGGUGGUUGCGGCAAUAAAACCAAAGAAGUGAA